GACUCUAAAGGAAAACCUCAAACAGUCACUGCACUUGGAGCUUUGCUUGACCGGAGAUGGAAGCUGGCGGACCGAGGACAGACAUGGCCACUGUCCCGGAGAUUCUCUUGGCCACUUUGGAAGAUCUGCAGGAGAGUGAGCUGAGGACUUUCAAGUGGUACCUUUGCAGUGAUGUUCUCCAGGACCAUCGUAAAAUCCCCAGAUGUCAGAUUGAAGGGGCCGAUAGGAUGGAUGUUGUGGAUCUUUUAGUUGAGACGUACGGCUCUGAUAGUGCUAUUGCCGUCACACUGGAUAUACUACCACGGAUGAAACUCAACGAGCAGGCCAAAACACUGAAAGAGAAGUCUCGUGAAGUUCCAAGUACUCAAGUGGGCAAAGGAAAUAAUCUGCCUGCAGUCCAGGAAAACCUCAAGUCCUUUCUGAAGGAGAAGUACCAAAACAUUUAUGAGGGAAGCACUGAUGAAGGGGAUACCAUCUAUCUUAACAAAAUCUACACUGAGCUGCACCUGAUCGAAGGAGCCCGGGGAGGCGUAAGCGAGGAGCACGAGGUCAGGCAGCUGAGGUCAACACAUACAUCCACAGAGGAAUCCUCCAUUAAACCUGUGGACAUUUUCAAACCCUGGCCUGGCCAAGAGAAGCAUGUCAGAACCAUACUUACCCAGGGUAUAGCCGGGGUGGGGAAAACGAUUUGUGUACAGAAGUAUGUUCUGAGCUGGGCAGAAGGAGAAGAAAAUCAGGACAUCAGCCUCCUGUUCCCACUUCCUUUCCGAGAACUAAAUCCCAACAUGGAUGGGAAGGACUACAGUCUGAUGGAUCUGCUCCAUCAGUUCUUUCCGGAGAUAAAACAGAUCAAGACACUGGGAACUGAAAGCAAAAUCCUGUUCAUCUUUGAUGGCCUGGACGAGUGUCUCCUCCCUCUCAACUUUAAACACAACAAGGUUUUGAGAGAUGAAGCUGAGCCGGCCUCAUUAGAUGUGCUCAUCACAAACCUCAUCGCAGGAGAUCUGCUCGGCAACGCUCUGGUCUGGAUCACCUCCCGACCUGCGGCAGCCAGUCGCAUCCCGCGGAAGCACAUCCACCAGUGGACAGAGAUCCGAGGGUUCUCCAAUCAACAGAAGGAAGAAUACUUCAAGAGACGUUUGUGUGACGAGAACCUUGCCGACACGGUCAUCAACCAUGUGAAGUCAUCAAGGAGCCUAUACAUCAUGUGUCAUAUACCCGUUUUCUGCUGGAUCACAGUCACUGUGAUGAAGAAGAUGAUGCAGGACAACAUGACUGGAGUCAUGCCCAACACCCUGACUGAGAUAUACGCAUAUCUCCUUAUCUGCCAGACGGACAGGAUGAGGAAAGGGGACUAUCCUAUGGAGAGUAACAAUGUUGUUUUGAAACUGGCAAAGUUGGCCUUCCGUCAGCUGGAGAAAGGCAAACUCAUCUUCUAUCAAGCUGACCUGGAAGAGUGUGGCAUGGACGUGAAGGAAGCAAUUACCUACUCAGGAGUGUGCACAGAGAUCUUUGCGAUGGAGGGGAGGGGGAGACGAAAGGUUUUCAGCUUUGUACAUUUGACCAUCCAGGAGUUUCUAGCAGCCGUCUAUGCCCAUCACUCCUACAUACACGAAAGGGAAAACUUUCUUCUUGGAUACCUGAAAAGGUUUCAAAUGAAAUGGCUCCCCAAGUCGCUCUUCAACUUCCACAAGACUGCCAUCGAUAAAGCCUUGCAGAGCCAGGAUGGCCACUGGGAUCUGUUCCUUCGCUUCCUCCUGGGACUGUCGCGGAGGUCUAAUCAGGAGCUCUUGAGUGCAGUGCUGGAUAUGGACACAGGCGGAGAAGAAGAAACUGAGAAAACCAUCCAGUUUAUCAAGGAGAGGAUCAAAGAGGAACCGGAGACCAAGAUCAACCUCUUCCACUGUCUGAGUGAACUGAAGGAGGAGUCUUUGGUGCAGGAGAUCCAGAGCUUUGUGAGCUCUGGGAGGCUUUCAGCCAAAAAACUGUCACCAGUCCAGUGGUCAGCACUCACCUUUGAACUGAUGACGUCAGAGGCCACGCAGGAGGAGUUUGACCUGAAGAAGUACAUAAGAUCAGAGGAGGGGGUAGUGAAGCUGCAGGCUGUCAUUACCUCCUCCACACGUGCUCUGUUAAAUCAGUGCAACCUGACAGAGAAAUGCUGUGAAGUUUUGGCCUCGGCACUCAGCUCGGCCUCCUCUCACCUGAAAGAGCUCGACCUGAGUGACAACAACCUGAAGGAUUCAGGAGUGAAGCUUCUGUCUGCAGGAUUAGGAAGUCCACACUGUACACUGGAAAUUCUCAGGUUAAAUAACUGUAAACUGGAGGGAGCCUGCUGUGAGGCGCUGGCUGGGGCUCUCAGCUCAGGCUGCAGCCGGCUCAGAGAGCUGGACCUGAGCAAUAAUGACUUCACAGAGUCAGGAGUGAAGGCUCUGUGUGUGGGACUGCGCAGCCAAUAUUGUAAACUGGAGACAGUCAGGUUGAACCAGUGCAAGCUGAACUGGAAUUGCUGUGAAGACUUGGCCUCAGUUUUCAGCUCAAAGUUUUCUCACCUGAAACAAUUAGACCUGAGUAACAACAGCCUGCAGGACCCUGGUGUGAAGCUCCUGUCUGCUGGACUGACCAGUCCAAACUGCACACUGCAAAUAUUAAGGCUCAGUUGGUGCAGCCUCACAGAGAAAAGCUGUGAUCAUAUCGCCUUGGCUCUCAGCUCUGAGUCCUCCAGCCUCAGAGACAUCGACCUGAGUGGAAACGACCUGCAGGAUCCUGGGCUGAAGCUGCUCGCCGCCGGACUGGGAAAUCCACACUGUAAACUGAAGAUACUAAGGUUAAAAGAGUGCAAGCUCAAGAAAUGCUGCGAGACUUUGGCCUCAGUUCUCCGCUGCGGCGCCUCGCACCUGAAAGAGCUCAAUCUGAGCGGAAACGACCUGCAGGAUUCACAAGUGAAGCUGCUCUCUGAGGGACUGCGGAGCCCAAACUGUAGACUGGAGAUACUGAGGCUGUCGUUCUGCGGUGUCACAGAGGUUGGCUGCACUUAUUUGGCCUUAGCGCUGAGAUCCAACCCAUCCCACCUGAGACAGCUGGACCUCAGCUACAACUACCUGCAGGACUCCGGAGUGAAGCUCAUCUCCUCUCACCUGGACGAUCCACUCUGCAAACUCGAAAAUCUCAGUGUGGACCAUAAUGCAAGGUGCUACUUGAAAUCAACACUGAAAACAUAUGCAGGUGAGCUGACACUGGAUGGCAACACGGCUGCCAAGAGUCUCCUCCUGUGUGAAGGAGGAAAGCGGGUAUCCUGGGUCAGGGAGCUGCAACAGUACCCGGACCAUCCCGAGAGGUUCGACAGCGUUCCCCAGGUGCUGUGUCACCAGGGCCUCACCCAGUGCCACUACUGGGAGGUGGAAUGGUGUGGGCGCUGGGUGGAUAUUGCCGUGGCAACAAGGGGGAUCCGUCGACAAGGGAGCUACCACCUCUGUGGGUUCGGCAGCACCGACCAGUCCUGGAGCCUGUGCUGCUCCGAGGAUCACUACAGCGCCCAGCACAACCACCAGUCCGUUGACGUGCCAGCACCCUCCUCUGGGUCCCACCGAGUCGGGGUGUUUCUGGACUGGCUGGGUGGCACCCUGUCCUUCUACAGCGUCUCCUCUGGCACCCUUAACCACCUUCACACCUUCAGCAGCAUGUUCACUGAGCCUCUCUUCCCAGGAUUCAGGAUGGCCGAGGACAACUGCUCUGUUGCAAUUUGUACAAUGGAGGACGUGCAGGAUGGCGGGACUUUUAGCCCUGCUGGCCCAAGGCACAUCAAACACGAGAGACGUUCAGGGGACCUUUGCAAGAUUCCCAUAAGGCUCCGAAAUUUAAAAAUACCAGGGAAUUUGUUUCCUGGUAUUUUUAAUUAAAGACAUUCAUGAAACAUAAAAAAAAACAUUCCCUAAAAAUCCUUGCAGGGUCAUUACAGAAAGUUAAUUCUGGAGCAUUCAAGGGACUAUGGGGAUUGUACACAAUGGUUCCUGUGACAUGUGGAUGUAGCAUUCCCUCACAAUGAGUGUGGGGAGCAUUUGUAAUGUUCCUGAGACAUCCUUGUCAGGUACUUGCAGAGCACUACUUUAAGAACAUUCAGGGAAAUUAAAGGGACAAUUCCCCUUAUACCAACUCUGGCAAAUCUUAAUCUUAGAUAGAUAGGGAGAGAAAGAAAGAAAGGGUGGCAGAGAUGAAUAAUUUUUUUUAGUUAAUUUUUUUUGUCUCAAGUGUGUAAUUGAAAACUGUGAACAUUGUAGUUUUUUAUCCAGAAGCUUAGUAACUCCAAGAUGAAAUCCAAGAUAAUUUCUUAAUGGUACCAUGACUCAGCUCAUGAAAUUCAUUACUAAAGAUACAAUAACCAAAAACACACUAAAGUUAUGGGGUGUGGUAAUCACUGUGAUCAGUGCAUCAGCCGAUGGAUGAGAGGUUGGGUGAUGGAGGGAAGGUGUUGUAGAGUGUGAAACCUAAAAAAUAACACAGUCAAAGCCAACCAAACGUUAACAUGGUGCUGUAAGAAUGGAGAGAGGGUCACAGACUGAGACAGCCAGGACUUAAACACCCCUGGGAGGUUGGCCAGGUGCUCCCAGUUGUAUUGAUGGACUCUGCAAGGCAAGGAAACGCAAGACAAGACAGGGGAAAACACACAACCACACACACAGCAGGCCCUGCUGAAGCAAGAGGGCCGUCACAAUGGACAGGAGUGGAGAACAGUAGAUCAAUUUCUCUUGCACACUGGUCAAGUGACUCUAAACGAAUGUCCUGAGAACAGAAAUACUUGAAAAUGUCAUGCUUCUCUGCAAUUUAGAGUCUCUCAAGCCCAGAAUACUGCAUAAACAUGACUUAAGUUGCCACUAGCUUCCUUGUUUUUGUUGUUGAAAAAUUUUGAGCAACUAUGCAGACAGGGGUGCCUAUAGGACACAACAUGCAAGGUAUAGUGCACCUAAGUGCAGAUAUUGAGCAGUACUGAAAUUCAUAGGCUUUCCAUUUGAGAAUUUUCUUGGUAAACUGAAAAAAGACCACAGGGCCUUUUAACCACUUAUUACAAGUCAUCCACAGGCUUUGUUAGAUGGAUAAUAUGAGCUGUCUCUCAGGUUGUCCUUCAGAUUCAACGGUGCUUUGAUAUCCACAUAAAGGGCGACCUGUGUAACCUGUAUUACUGAGUCCAGUAAUUUCAAGAGUUGUUGGAUGAUGUUCUUGUUGUGAAAACAUCUGGUAGAGGUAGCUGUACGUAUGUAGAGCACAAAAUCAUUCAGGUGCAGAGCAUAGUCCUCGGGCCAAGGAAGAAAAUGCCUAGCAUAGAAUACAAGAAAUGGCUGCACUGUUUCGCUAAACCUCUGUCCUCGACUGUCCUCGACUCCACAGCACAACUGCACCGAUCAGCCCUUUGACAGAUGUGUAAGGCUGCCUUUUACAAUAAAUUUAUGGUUUCACAUGGUAUUUAAUCUUAUGAACUCCAGCUUAAUUUUGGGAGAUUUUCCACUAGCUUUAAUUUUCUGGGAAUAGAUAAAGCUGUGUUUACUGACCUUGGUCCACACAUCUGAUCAACUCUAAGCCUUAUAAAUACAACUGCACAAGGGAAACAACAAAGAUUUAUGAGGGAAACCCUGAUGAGGAAGAUACCAUCCAUCUGAUUGCAAUGUAGAUCGAGCUGCACCUUGUUAAAGGAGCCUGGGAAGCCGUAAGCAAGGAGCACGAGGUCAGACAGCUGAGGUCAACACAUACAUCCACAGAGGAAUCCUCCAUUAAACCCGUAGACAUUUUCAAACCCCGGCCUGACCAAGAGAAGCAUGUCAGAACCAUACUUACCCAGGGUAUAGCUGGAGUGGGGAAAACUAUCUGUGCUCAGCAGUAUGUUCUGAGCUGGGCAGAAGGAGAAGAAGAUCAGGACGCCAGCUUCCCGUUCCUACUUCCUUUCUGUGAACUAAAUCCCAGCGUGGGCUACAGUUUGAUGGAUCGGCUCCAUUGGCUCUUUCCUGAUUGAAAACAAAGCAAAGAUGCUGGGACCUGAAAGCCAAGUCCUGUUAAUCUUUGACGGCUUCAGAGUCUCCU